AUGGAGACACUCUUCGGAUAUAAAGAGGAGGCGCUGGUUACCAGAGAAAGCUGGGGUGUCGUCCAACAACCACAAGCUCCAGUGGAUAAUGAGUCUAAAAAACGGCGAAAAACAACAUCGAUUGCAUCUAGAAAGAAAGCGAAAAUGGCAAGAGGUGCAGAAGAUAUCGCCGACGAGCCUGCGAAGCAACUUGCAACAGAACUCUUGAAUCAAAUCGAGACUACACCUGGUCAAAUUUCCUUGAACUUCUCAUCAGCGAAGUCUUCCGAAGUAUGCCCACUGCCACCAAGUUUCAAUCAAAAUGUGAAGUCAAACUGGUCGAUUGAUAAACUCAAAGAAGGACAAUUGAGUAGUCUUCUUGAUCCGAACAAUAAGAGCUUCAAGCCAUUAGGAAUCAAGAAGAUUCAAAAGGUGGAAACUAAAACAGAAAUUCUUCCAAGACAAUUGGAUCUGAAGCAAACAAUCGCGAAACUAAAAAAUGAAGAUAAGAAGGAUGAUCAGUAUAUUGGAUUCUCCGUUGCCAUUGCCAACGUUCUCAGAAGAUGCGAACCAGACAUUGCCGAAAAACUUGCUCAAUCCAUCGUUAGUCUUGUCGAAACCGAAGCUUCAAGCGUAGUCAGUAAGCUGUAA